CUGGCGGCCGAGGUGACCGCGUGGUUCAUUUGCCUUCAGGUAUCAUGCGGCGCUUAUUGUUACACGUGCGGCAAAAUCAAACACCGAGAUCUCUCAUGCGGUUAGCGGUAACGUGAAUUAAGCGAUGUUAACAUUUUUUGCCCCGUUUUCCUAUCGAUCGUGACCUCACCACGGUAUGGGUGGCGAGCCAGGAUGCUCUCGACCCUUCCGUAAUUAUGAGGAUGCAUUACGUCUCGACAUGUGAUUUGUGACAGCGACGAUGGCCGUGGCGAGGAAGUCCAGUAUCCUGUGCUUCUUCCUCGUCUUCUCCUGCUUCGGGAACCUCCUGUGGAUGCUGAGGGGUUUCAGGAGCACCAUGCUUGUCAUCAGAUCGCAAGGGCCGGCCAGCACGUCUUCCGAGAAGACACUCCUACACAAUCCCCUGGCUUUCGCUGAGCAACUUAACAACAUUGAGGAGAUGCUAAAAAUGAUUCUGGAAGAUGGCGCUAAGCCCGAGGAGCCAUCUGAGAAGGGCCCGGUGUGUAAGGGGAGCCAGUGGGUACCCGACCCCGAGAUGCAGCUCUUCAAGGAGUGGGGCAAGGAGCUCCCGGCCCGGCAGAAGCGCGCGGCGUGCGCCCGCUUCCUCACCUACGGCUACAACGCCUACCUGAGCGACCGGCUGCCCCUCGACCGCGACGUGCCCGACAACCGCCCUCCCGGCUGCAGCUCCAAGCGGUACCCGUCGGAGCUGCCGGCCCUGAGCCUGGUGCUGAUCUUCUACAACGAGGCCGUCUCCAUCCUGCUGCGCGCCGUCACCUCCGCCGUGCGCAACACGCCGCACCACCUCCUCAAGGAGAUCAUCCUCGUCGACGACCGCAGCGGCCACCGAGACCUGCAGCAACAAUUCAAUGCUCAGAUCGAGGAGCUGGACAGCAGGUACCCGGAGGUGUCUCUCCGCAUCAUCCGGCAUGCUGCCCGCAGGGGGCUGAGCGCGGCCCGGGUCACCGGCGUCCAGGCGGCCUCGGGGCCCGUGGUGGCCGUCAUGGACGCCCACGUGGAGUUCCCCGUCGGAUGGGCCGAGCCGAUCCUGGCACGGAUCCAGGAGGACCGGCGCGUCGUGGUCUCCACGGUGUUCGACAACACGCACUACGACACGCUAGAGGUCCACCGCUACCAGUCGCAGGCACAAACGUUCACCUGGCAGCUGUGGUGCACCUACAUGGUGCCCCCCCUCGAAUGGAUCAACAGCAACGACCCCACGGCCCCCAUCAGGAGCCCGAUUGUGAUGGGCUGUAUGGCGGCCAGCAAGAGUUACUUGGAGGAGAUCGGGUUUCUGGAUGAAGGCAUGCAGGUGUAUGGAGGGGAGAACGUGGAGCUGGGCCUCAGGGUGUGGCAGUGCGGGGGCCGCGUGGAGGUGCUGCCCUGCUCACGCUUGGCUCACAUCGAGCGCUACUUCAAGCCGUACGCCCUGGACCUGAGCGUCCACAUGCGCAGGAAUGCGCUGCGCGUGGCCGAGAUCUGGAUGGACGACUACAAGAGGAACGUCUACAUGGCCUGGAACGUGCCCAUGAACGGCUCUGGGAUAGACAUCGGCGACAUCUCAGAGCGUGUGGCUCUGCGCAAGCGGCUCAACUGCAAAAGCUUCGCGUGGUACCUGGAGAACGUGCUGCCCUCACUACCACGGCACGACGACAUCGUGCAGUACGGCGUAAUGACCAACAACAAAAAAGAAAGCCUCUGUCUGGACAAAGGAGACCCAAAGGAUAAAUUUCCCAUUUUGUACCCAUGCCAUGGAUACACCCCCCAGCUGGCAAUGAGAACCUUCGAUAACCGACUUAUGAUCGGGCUGAACAUGGACUUGGUGAGCCCCGGAGCUGUGUGUCUGGGGGUGUCAACAUCGGGAGUCGAGCCUGCGUUUGUGGACUGUCAGCUGUCCGGUCAGGAGGCCAGCAGCAGGCUGCUUCACUUUGAGAACGGAGAACUGAGGCUGCAAGAAGGAGGAAAGUGCCUGGAGGUGAAAGAGAAUGCUCAGAAAAGCUACGGCCUGGAGCUCGUGCUGGUGCCCUGUUCCGGGCAGAAGUGGCGUUUGGCGUACUUCCGCAAAUCGUAGCCCCAAUACAUGUCGAUGACACCACUACCACCUUCUUGCUACGCUUUGCCAGAUUCCACAGCUGCUGGGGCAGUAGAGACCAGUGACUCGUGAGACCAAUAGAAAGGCCGUUCGUAUAUUCCAAUGAUUAUUGCAAUAGUAUUCGAGAGGCUCCCCACGAUAUUUUAGGAGCAAAAUUACUUUCUGAUAUUUGAAAUUCAUGAACCCUAAAAGCCAGGGAGAGAGUUUUAUGGAAGGGAAUAAAAACACGUUUUAAUUUUAUUUCAGGGACUCUCUAGUCCUUGCUGUCCAAUUUGACUGAGAAAUUAAUAUGUUUCUAAAAAGGAAAACCUACAAAGCCAUGAGGUUUCUCAAGCACUCAACCAAAAAUUUUACAGCCAGAAUUCGGGGGCUAGGCCACGCACUAACGUAUUACUGGGACUGUGACGCCCACCAUUGAAGCAACUCGCCACUGGUUCCGAGGUCUGCACAGCAAGCCAGCAGAAGGUGUUGGGUGAAUCAAUCACCGGGCGUUUACAAGUGUCUCCAUUGCAGUGGAGGCCACACGCGUGCAUUGACACGCAGGAGACCAUAUUGGUGGAGGUGCGUCACGCGUGGUGCUCUGCGUUGUUUAAAUCCGUCUAUCAGUUGAUGUAAAGAGACGUUUAGUGUAAAUAGUCAUUUACGAAAUGAAAAAUGCUGUAAAAUCAUCUCU